AGAAUCAUACAUACUGCAGGACUUCCAGAAAGAAAUCAUCCACUGACUCUUAAAAGUAAGGAACUCUGUGUUCUUACUCUGGUGUCUGCAUAACCGGGAUCUUAUAAGUAAGCCAAAGACAUCAAAAUGGCUUUGCCUAGAAGCCAAGGCCAUUGGUCCAACGCAGACAUCUUGAGGUUACUGGAAUGCAUGGAGAAUAAUCUCCCAUCUGAUGACAACGGCACGUUCAGCUCAACUCAGUCACACAUGGACUGGGGAAAAGUAGCUUUUAAAAACUUUUCUGGUGAAAUGUGCAGACUCAAAUGGUUAGAGAUUUCUUGCAGCUUGAGAAAAUUCAGCACUUUGAAAAAAUUAGUCCUGGAAGCUAAGAAAUGUGUUAAAAAUACAAACAAAAGCCAAAAAGGCAGGAACCAUCCAGACUUUCCAAAGAGGCCCCUUACUGCUUAUAUCCGCUUCUUCAAGGAGAAUUGGCCCCAGUACUCCCAAAUGUACCCUGGGAUGAGAAGCCAGGAACUGACCAAAAUCCUGUCAAAGAAAUACAAGGAGCUCCCAGAGCAGAUGAAACAGAAAUAUAUUCAGGAUUUCCAGAAGGAAAAGCAAGAAUUUGAGGAAAAACUUGUUCGAUUCAGGGAAGAGCACCCUGAUUUAGACCAGAAGGGCAAGAAAUCUGAUAUCUCCAAGAGGAUUCAAACCAAAGUGCAAAAGAAAGUUCAGAAAAAUAUUGAAGAAGUGACGUCUCUUCCAAAAACGGAUCAAUUUUUCAAGAAGGUAAAAUUUCAUGGAGAGCCUCAGAAACCCCCCAUGAAUGGAUACCACAAGUUUCACCAAGAUUCCUGGUCAAGUAAGGAGCUGCAACAUUUGUCCCUGAGGGAGCGCAUGGUAGAGAUUGGCAGACGCUGGCAGCGCAUCCCGCAGAGCCAGAAGGAUCAUUACAAGAGCCAGGCUGAGUUGCUGCAGAAGGAAUACAAAGUGGAAUUGGAUCUCUGGCUCAAGACUUUGUCACCUGAAGAUUAUGCUGCAUACAAAGAAUCGACCUAUGCUAAGGGUAAGAAUAUGGCGAUGAUGGGAGGCCCGGCCCCCAGCUUGAGACAAACAGAUCCGCAGUCCUCAUCAGCAAAGGGUCUGCAAGAAGGGUUUGGGGAGGGGCAGGGGCUCCAGGCUGCAGGAACAGAGGCAUCACAGACUAUUUGGGUAAACUGUCAUGUCUCCAUGGAACCAGAAGAGAACAGGAAGAAAGAUGGCGACGAGGAAGAAAGCAGUAACUCUUUAGACUGCAGCGGUGGGGAAGACAUGGAAGUUGAUGUCUCAGGGCAGUGACUCUAGUGCAGCUUCCUCAGAGGACUUCUAACUGGGACUCCACCUGACUCAGACUCUGCCUGACUCAGACUCCAGGGUCAGGCAGAGUUUCUCCGCAAAAGCCCAUUCAUGCCA